UUCUGCGCUGGCGUUAGUACGUGUGAGAGAAGGGUACGUUCAGUUUUGCCGAAAAUAUGCAGUAUUCGCGAAACCUCAAUGUGUGUUAGGUUAAAAAUUUGACAUGUGCAUAAAAAAAAGUGUUUUAAAUAUAAAAAAAAUGAUAAUAUUCGGGUAUUAUUCGCGCGAAUAUUGAGCUGUCGCUCGAAUGCGCAUUACGUAUUACCGCCGCAAGUAUAGAAUCGGUUAACAGUGAAUCUUGUAUCAAGUUCAUAGUACAAAGCACGUGGUGUUAAACCGUUUUUGAUUUAUUAUUAUCUUAUCAAGUAACAGUGAAUUGCUGGGAUAAUUUUUUAAUUGAAAAAGGAUUUAAAGAAGCUCUCUUUAUAAUUGAUUAUCUUAACAAAUUGUUAUUAAUCCACAUCAUAUCGACUUCUAUUAAAAUAUUGGAGGUACAGUAUCUUGGGAAUAAAAGUGACCUGAUAACGAUUCAUCAUGAUCGUGGACGAGAAAUCUGAAAUGGAAAGCUUUUGGAUUAUCAGCGCGGUCAACGCGCUCAAGGCGCUUUCCUAUGUGUACGACCUGUUAACGUUUCCAAUGUACCUCAUACUCCAGCGACCAUGGAAAAGGAGAAAGGCUUCCCGAAGGAUUAAAGCUCGACCUAUUGCGAAAGAUGAUAAAAGUAUUACUUAUAGAAGUGUUGAUGAACCACAAGAAAUACACAUCAUGCUUGAACGAGAAAAUAUCGAUACACUUGACAAAAUAAUGCAUUGGAUUACUAAGGAGCAUAAAGGAAAAAAAUGUGUUGGUACAAGGCAGAUACUUGCUGAGGAGGACGAGAUUCAACCUAAUGGUAGAAUAUUUAAAAAGUAUAAAAUGGGAGAAUAUAAAUGGAAAACUUAUUUGGAAGUUGAAAUGCUUAUGACUGCCUUUGGUCGAGGUUUAAAAGAAUAUGGUCUUACGACGUGUAAGAAUAUCGUCAUCUUUGCUGAGACUAGAGAGGAAUGGAUGAUUGCAGCUUAUGGUUGCUUUAAGCAGAAUUUGGUUGUAGUAACUUUAUAUGCGACUCUAGGUGAAGAGGCUAUUGCUCACGGAAUUAAUGAAACGGAAGUCGAUAUCGUGAUAACCAGUCAUGACUUGUUGCCGAAGUUUAAAUUGCUCCUUAAAAUAUUACCUAAAGUUAAAACGAUUAUUUACAUGGAAGAUCAACUGAAACCUACUGAUACAAAGGGUUAUAAGGAUGGUGUUAAACUUAUACCAUUCUCUGAUGUGAUAAAAAAAGGUAACAUUUCCACUGCACCAUUGUUAUCACCACAAAGUGAGGAUACUGCAAUUAUUAUGUAUACAUCUGGAUCAACCGGAAUACCAAAAGGUGUACUUCUAUCACACAAAAACGUGAUUUCUGUAAUGAAAACGUUUUGUGAUAUCGUGGAAAUUAAACCAGACGAUGUAUUCCUUGCAUUUUUACCUUUGGCCCAUGUUUUCGAACUUCUUGCUGAGAGUGUAUGCUUAUUAUCUGGAGUACCUAUCGGCUAUAGUUCGCCUCUUACUAUGAUCGAUUCAAGUAGCAAAAUUCAAAAAGGAUCCAAAGGAGAUGCAUCGGUUCUUCGCCCAACUUGUGUAACUUCUGUACCUCUUAUUCUGGAUCGUAUUUCUAAAGGUAUCAAUGAAAAAGUCAUGAAAUCGGGAUUUUUAAGUCGAGCAAUUUUCAAAUUUGCCUAUAACUAUAAAUUGAAAUGGUAUAAACGUGGUUAUGACACUCCUUUUUUGGAUAAAUAUGUUUUUGGAGCUGCAAGACAAGUUCUUGGUGGAAAGAUUCGGCUUAUUCUUUGUGGUGGUGCUCCUUUGACUCCAGAUACUCAGACUCAAAUUAAAAUUUGUCUUUGUGUUACUUUGACUCAAGGAUAUGGCCUUACUGAAAGUACUUCUUGUGCUACAGUUAUGGAUAAAGAUGAUACAAGUAUCGGAAGAGUAGGAGGACCAACUACAAUUUGUGAUAUUCGUUUAGUAAAUUGGGAAGAUGCUGGUUAUAGAGUUACAGAUGUUCCAUAUCCUAGAGGAGAAAUUAUAAUUGGGGGUGAAAAUAUUUCAGCUGGUUACUAUAAGUUAGCAGAUAAAACAAAAGAAGAUUUUUUUCAAGAAGAUGGGAAACGAUGGUUCAGAACUGGUGAUAUUGGAGAAAUUCAUGAAGAUGGUUGUAUAAAAAUUAUAGAUCGAAAAAAAGAUUUGGUUAAAUUACAAUUUGGUGAAUAUGUUUCUUUGGGCAAAAUCGAAGCAGAAUUAAAAACAUGUCCUAUCGUAGAAAACAUUUGUGUUUAUGGAGACUCAUAUAAAACUUUCACAGUAGCAUUAAUAGUGCCCAAUGUAUUUUAUCUAGAACAAAUUGCUAGGAAUUUAGGAAUUACUGGAAAAAGUUUUGAGGAACUUUGCAAUGAUCCACAAAUUGAAAAAGCAGUGUUACAGGAAUUGAUUGAACAAGCUAAAAAAUGUAAGCUCCAAAGAUACGAAAUACCAGCUGCUAUAAAACUCUGUUCAGAACAAUGGUCACCUGACAUGGGAUUGGUAACCGCUGCAUUUAAGCUUAAAAGAAAAGCAGUUCAAGAGCGUUAUCAACACGAAAUCAACAGAAUGUAUGCUUCGUGAUAAAAAGAGAUAUAAAAUGUGUAAAGAAAAAAAAUAGGUGAAGUGAUGUCGAGCUUUUCGAUUUAGCAAAACUUCGAUAACUUUCGCAUGAAUUUUGCGGAACGUGAUCGAAUGUUAAUUAAAAACUUACUUCAGAUUUGGAA